UAGUGUAGUAGUCACUGUGUAGUGUUUGUUUGAGAGGAGUUGGCCUGGUCUGGGUGGAACGUUGGGUUGUUGUCCACGUCCAUAGGUUAUGUUUAUAUAAUUUUACUUUCAAGUACGAAGUAAUCCUAGUUGAUUGAUCGGAAAUCACGUAUUAAUUACGUUGUUUUUUAUUAGUAAACAUAUAUCGCCAUUUGAAGGCAUAUGUAUUGGAAAUUGGCCAGGCCUACUCGUUCUUUAAAUCUAGAAAGAAAUCAAUUGAAUUCUCAAAUGAGACACUUGUUAGAUGUGUUUCAUAAAUGUGAUAUAAUCAAUUAAAUCAUCUGAGGCCACUGGGAAAAUGAACUUAGCAAACAAUUUAGAUACAGUACAUAUAAAAGAUAUCAGACCGGGUCUGAAAAACUUUUCUAUAACGUUUAUUGUCUUGGAUGUUGGUCAACCUGUGCCCUUGAAGGAAAACCGAGAAGUGAGGACUCUGAAGGUAGCGGACAGCACUGCAUGCAUUAAUCUGUCUCUAUGGGAUGAGCCGGGAGCUUCGAUUUCACCAGGAGAUAUCAUCAGGCUCAACAAGGCGUAUGCCGCAGUAUGGCGGAGCGCAUUGACACUAUACUCAGGUAAAAAUGGUGAUAUCGACAAGAUUGGUGAGUUCUGUUUAGUUUUCAAUGAACAGCUCAACAUGAGUGAACCGAACUUGAACUUCACCAACACGAUAGGAAAUCAGCCGGGGAGUGGAAUGGGGGUGAAUGUAAACAAUAGUUUGAAUAACGGAAAUGCGAACAAUAUUGGUGCGUUGCAAAACAGAUCAUCAGCAUCUCUGCCCGUUCCUCAGAGUGGUGUAGAUCGUAAGAAUACGUCAAGGUACUCAGGGGACAGGGAACGUGAGCCACCCAUGUCCAGCAACAAACAUUCAGGAAAGGCUGGACAGAGAGGGGGUGGACGUGGGGGCCAACGCAAUAUUAUUAGGAAUGAGAAAAGAUAGCUGCUGUAGUUUAGGUUAUUGUAAGUUGAGGCUGAAUGUAUGUUUAUUGUGUGAUGAUGCUGAUUUUAUAGAAUUUUAAUUUAAUGUUUGAGCCUCCGAAUUAUUAAACAAAAUUAAUUUUUUUCAUUCUUUUUUAAAGUGAUCAUUAUUACUGUUAAUAUAAUGUCAAUAAGUUAUUAAUAUUCAUUAAUCUGUUAAUAAGUUUCAGUGUUAAUUAACCAUCUUUAGGCGCGGUUCACUGCACAUUAGUUAAUGGAUGCAACAUAUCUGUUUCUCUUUUUGCUUCAUGAAUUUUUAAACUUUUACGUUUUUAUUUGAGUAAUGAAUUAAUAUGGAGGUUUUAUCCACAAAUGGUUAUUUUAAAUAUUUCUACGAAUGUUUUUGUUUUUUAUAUGUUUUUGUGGUUUUAAACACCAACAGCCAAAUACAUAUAUAUAUACAAAUAAAUAUAUAUAUAUGUGCUAUUAAGACCAAAAAUGCAGCAACUAAAAACAACAGGAUAAUUAAUAAAAACCAAGAAAUAAAUUUAUAUUUGGUCUUAUUAAUUGAUGAAAGAGGUAAUUUAGUUUCUAGUUAAUUAUUAUUGUUUACACACAAAUAAUAAAUUACAGAUCUUAUCAGAUUAAGAUAGGCAAAGUGUUUUAUAAUAAUAAUAAUAACGAAAGUGAUUACCGGAGUAAAUUAUAUAUAUAUAUCAAUUUUGUGUGCUAACAAUGAGUAAUUCUUCAUUUAUAGCUAGGUAGUCAAAAGGUCUUUAAUGUGAACCUUAGGGUUAAAACUUAUAGGCCUAUUUUGUAUGUAUUUUACAACAUAAAAAAAUGGCAAAAAUAUUAAUUAAAAAUUUAAUACAGAUGCGUAAAUAUCCCCUUCUGUCUGUACCACAGGCUCAUUUUUAUAAUACUGUCAGUUAAAAUUUUGAUAUAACCAUUUUUAGUUAAUAAUAUAUUCCUAAAGUAUAAUAUCAUUUUUAUUUUAUUUUAAUGAUUUUAAGUAUUUGGCAUAAUGUUUCAAAGCUAUAAUGUUUCAUCAGUUGGACUAAUAAAAGUUAAGUGGUGAACAAACAAUUUUUUGAUUAAAAUUCUUAAAAGUAACUCUUUAUGUUGAUGGAACUAUGAACAGCAUCUAGGCCCUGUGGUUGUGUUUUUAUAAAAUUAAGUCAUUGACGUUCAAUCCUCAAUUUUGUUUGUGUUGAACUUAAUGAUAUAAUUUUGUGGACAUUCUUCACUGAAAUCACUGUGUAUAAUUUGUUACUAGUUUUUACAAGUUUGUUAAUUUUCAAUUUUAGCAAACAAAUUUUACCCUCUCUCUCAGGAAUAAUCUUAAUUUUGUUUCACUAGUGAAGAAUAUUUAGUACUACUUGUUACUAAACUGGAAUUGCAGGACUCCUUUCUAUAUGUUUUAUUGUUCAGAUAUGUAUGAAAUACUGAAAUAUUUAACAAGAGUAAACAUUAUUUUAUACACUAUCACGGGCAAAUAUCAGCAUGCUUGUGAGUAGGUUUCAUAGUCUUUUAUGUUUAUUAUCUUUUGAUGUAGAUUUUAUUUUUCUGUGACUUUAAAAAAUUUAGUAUUUGAUUUUUAGUAUAAAUUGUAAAUAGAAAAUGUGAACAGAAUUGUCGUCCAUAAUGUAUGAUUUUAAAACUAAAAUAUACAAAAAAUGUGUAAUACCCUGUUGAAAAGUAUUUGUUUAAUUUGUGAAUAGUAUGGCAUUUAGGGAGGUAGAUUAUAUAAUAGUGAUAUAAAUUGUGUCAGAAUGAGAAAUGGAGUUAAAUUUGGUAUUUCAUAUAUUUUUGGUAUUUUUAUCAGUUUCACUUAUCAAGGCUAAAGAACUGUUCAAAAACAUAAACAACAAACACUAUAUAGCCUAUACAUAUUAUAUACAACAUCUUGAUCCUAAAACUCACACUGAAAGGGUUUAUUGUUUCACUUCUAUAAUGAAAGUAAAGGAUGAGAUAUGGAAAAAAAUAAACAGUGAUAAUUUUUUAAUACUCAUAUUUUCUGUGCUUUUUAGUCUUAACUACAAAUUGAAAACAAUAUAUUGAUUUAUUAUUUUAAGUAUUAAGGCUUGUACCAAUUUUUCUGUAUAAUCAUUGGAAUCUAAGUAAGUUUUUAAUUUUGUAGUUUGUGUUUUGAAAACGUCUAAUGCCCAGAAUUACUAAAAAAUUACUAAAUUGGAAUAUUUGGUAUUAAAUUAAUAAGAAUAAAAUUGAUUCAACUUACUGUAUUAAUCUAUUUCUGUUUAAAAUUAAAUUUAAUGAUAGGAAAAAUAAUUGUGAUAAUCAAGGUUGUUCAUUGGAUUGGCCUGUUGAUGUUUGGUGAUAGUAAUUAAAUACAAAUCUUCGCAAUGUUUAAAAAAUAAAUUAUAUAUAUAGGAUUAAACAACCAGAAACUAUUAUAAGAAAGGCAAACAAUUUGAAAAUAUUUUAUCCUAUACUGUAUAAUAAUAUAAAUAUUAAAGUUUAAUAUAAAUAUUAUUGUCUAAUACAAAAUAUCUUAAUAUGUAAUGAUAUGUUAUUUGGUUUUUGUGUUGUUUAGAAGUAUUUCAGAUUUAAUUACUGUCUUUUAUGGUUUUUCAAAAGUAUUUUCUAGUUGAAUAAAUUUAUUUUUGAUGAUUAUAAUGUUAGAUAAGAUACAAUAAAUAUGUUUUGUAAACAUUAUUCAUAAUUGGAAAUUACUAACAGUUACGUACACUGUAUUAAUUAUAUGAGUUUUUAUAGUUUAUAAACUUUGUUCUUAUUUCAAUUUGUAAUAAGUCUUUUACACAAUAGAUAAAUGUAUUAAGUUUGUGGGAUAUUUUGUUAGAUUUCAUACUGUAGUAUGUGUUAAAAGUUAUAUUUUCCAUAAAAAGAAGAUAUAAUAAACAAUGAAAUGGUUAUUAAGUCUGUAAUGUGUAUGUUGCAUUCCAAAUUUUAUUGUGAUUAAUAAUUUUGAUUCUCCUGUAAAUUUUUGUAAAAUUAACAUUAUCAAUUGUUGCUAGCAUCUUGUAAAACUAUUCAAAUGAAUGUACAAUUUGUGGCAAAAUAAAGUAUGUUCAAUCUAUGA